AUGGCCCCAGCAUUCGAACUCUCCAAGAAAUAUGAUAACGUCAAUUUCGCAAAAGUUGAUACAGACAAACAUGAGGAUUUAUCACGAGAAUACGACAUUACCCCCUUGCCAACCUUCUUGAUCUGCGAGAAGGGUCGACGAUUAAAUGAUUUGGACGUUAUUGGAGCCGACAGAA